CACUUGUGGGGGGUGUGACCUAAAUCCGUGUCCCGGACUUGACCGACAUCCGGGUCAGGGGUCCCGUUCGAAAUGGCGGUGCUUGCGAUCCUGAGGUUGCGGCCGGAGCGAGUGGCGGCUCCAGCUCGGACAGGUUUCUGUUUGAUCUCAGCCUCGGCUGAAGCAUCAAGGGCCCCAGAUACACAAGAGAAUGAAAUUGUUUCUCAGCGAUUUAUCAGUCGCAACCCCCGUAACCUGGAGCGUCUGGCCCUGGCAAGGAAGGACAAUGGCUGGCAGACCACAUGGCCCAGGCACAGCUACUGGCACCGGCUGCGUUUCAGGAAGACCCAGAAGCACGUCACAGCCUGUGUGGAGGCAGCUAGCAGUCAGGGUGAGGUGGUCAUCUCAGCCUCGACCCAAGAGUGGUCCAUCAAGAAGCACCUACACAGCACCCGAGAUGUCACCGCAGCUGAGACUGUGGGCCGUGUGCUAGCUCAACGAUGCCUGGAGGCCGGCAUUGGCUACCUCCAAUUCCGGGCCAUCCCCUGGGAAUACCGAGCAGAGUCAGUCCAGCGAUUCCGCUCUGCACUGAAAGAUGGUGGGCUGAUACUCAGCGAACCACGGAGAGUGUACAAGUCGAUGAAUGGGGAAUUGGCAGUGAAGGUUACAAGUGAGAUAGGGAAAAGACGUUACAACAAGUUUGUUUCGAUUUCUGAAUAAAGAAAAGGAUUCUCUCUGCUGA